AUGACUAAAAUAAGAGCAUCUAUUAGAAGUUUGGAGACUCAGAUUGGUCAGUUGACUACUUUAAUGACAUACAAGGCUCAAGUAAAUUUGCCUAGCAUUACUGAAGUAAAUCCUAAAGAACAAUGCCAAGCCAUUAUCUUGAGGAGUGGGACACAGUAUGAAGGGCCAAGAAAGAAUCAGUUAGAUGAGAAGAGACAGGAUCAAAAGAUACAGAGCACAAUAGAAAAGAAGCCUAGUAAAGAGAAGGUUACUGUUGGCCUCCUAGAAAAGGAAGUGGUAUCUCCAGUGAGCAAUGAACAUCAUAUCAAGAUCCCAUAUCCACAGAGACUCUAUAAGAAAAAUUUGGAUAAACAGUUUGCGAAGUUUUUGGAGGAGUUCAAGAAGCUACACAUUAACAUCCCCUCCACCGAAGUAUUGAAACAAAUGCCUAGCUAUGUCAAAUUUAUGAAAUACAUCCUGUCUAAUAAGAGGAAGAUGGGAGAUUAUGAAGCCACAACAUUGACAAAAGAGUGUAGUUCCAUUCUACAAAGGAAGCUUCCACAAAAGUUAAGAGAUCCAGGGAGCUUUACCAUACCUUUCACCGUCGAGAACUUUGAAUGCAAGCAUGCUUUGUGUGAUCUGGAUGUAAGUAUGAAUUUGAUGCCACUGUCAGUAUUCUGCAGACUAGGGCUAGGUGAAGCAAGGCCCACAACAGAGUUGGCAGGUCGUUCAGUUAAGUACCCUAGGAGAAUUAUUGAAGAUGUGUCAGUAAAAGUUGACAAGUUUAUCUUUCCAGCAUAUUUUAUUAUUCUUGAUAUGGAGGAGGAUGCAAAUGUCCCAAUUAUGCUUGGGAGACCGUUCUUAGCCAUAGAGCAAGCUUUAAUAGAUGAGCAAAAAAGGGAGUUACGGUUAAGAGUAAAAGAUAGAGUUGUAGCAAGGCAAAAGUUGGUUGAAGAUCCUCUUGAAUUGAGCCUUAUAGUUCCAGAUGUAGAUGAAGAAGAUGGUGAGGAGGCUUUGGGAAUCUUGAGCGUCUACAAUUCUUAUGAGCCAUUGAGUGGAAAAAGGUUUGAAGAACUUGGACAAGGACCAGAGAGACCGCUACCUUCUAUAGAGAAACUUCCUGCUCUAGAAUUAAAAGCUUUGCCAUAUGAUUUACGCUAUGCGUAUCUUGGAGAGAAGGAGACUCUUCCUAUUAUAGUGUCUUCAUAUCUUUUUGAGGUGGAGGUGGAAGAAUUACUAAGGGUGCUUCAAGUUCAUAAGAUGGCUAUUGGAUGGACUUUAACUAAUAUAAAUGUAAUUAGCCCAUCCACUAGGAUGCACCACAUUUUGGUGGAAGAUGAUGCCAAGCCGACAAUUGAUGCUCAAAGAAGGUCAAAUCAACAAUGA